AUGGAGAUCUAUACGAAACAGUUUGGGAUAUAUAUUGCCGGCGCAAGCGCAUUUUAUUAUAUAGCUUGGAUUAUCUACUCGAGAAUUUUCCAUCCAUUGGCGAAGUUCCCAGGUCCAUUUUGGGCUUCGGUCUCGUGCGCUUGGUUAAUCCGUCAGGUCUGUGGCGGACAUCCCGAACGAGUUCAGAAGAGACUUCAUGAUCAAUACGGUCCGAUCGUGCGAGUUGCUCCCAAUGAGCUCAUAUUCAGUGACCCUGAGACGAUCAAAUCCAUUUACGGCGUGAACUCGGGCUUCACUAAGAGUGAUUUCUACCAUGCAUUCCGCGCUCCAGUUGGUCGCUUCCCAGACCACUUUUCCUCUGAUAACCAGAAAGUCCAUGCCGAGCGACGACGGAUUGUAAACCCAGUGUACUCCCUUCACAAUGUACUGGAGGCCGAGCAAUAUGUGGAUGGUUGUAUCGAUGUUCUGCUGGAGCAGUUCUCGGACAUUGCAGACAAAAAGAAUGCAUUGAUCUUCAUGAAUGGAGCCGCUUCUUUGCCUAUGACACACAAGAUGUUCGGGUUUCUGAGGAGUCGACAUGAUCAUCUGGGAUUUAUGGCAUCUGCAGAUUACCUGAUUCCCGUCAUGACACUGUCUGCUUUGAUGCCAACAUAUCUUCGGCCCGUCUUUAUGCUCAUAGGAAUGUUGUUUCCUAGUCUCCGCAAAGCAGUCGCCGCGCUAGGCACGUUAACCGACGCGUCAAACCAGGUGGUCGCAGAGCGCGUCCAGCCAGGGCGGAACGAGGUCAAAUCCGAGCGAUCAGAUUUUAUCACCAAGGUUCUGCAGAUCUACUUUGAGAAAGGCCGGAAAGUCGACUAUGACAUCGACGACGUCAAAACAGAAGCCUGGUCAGCCUUCUUCGGCGGCGGCGACACCACUGCUAUCUACCUAUCCACGACCCUCUACUACAUUCUGAAAGACGCAGAGAUCUACAGGAGGGUCCAAGAGGAAAUCGACCAAGCCACAGAGGAAGGCAGAAUUGGGUCCACCCACGUCACCUACAAAGAAGCGAGCACACUGUCGUAUCUCCAAGCCUGCAUCAAAGAAGCUGCCCGAAUUCACCCUGUCGUAGCACUACCAAUGCCUCGGAAAGCGCCACCACAAGGCUGCACGCUGUCAGGGACGUGGAUCCCCGGCGGAACAAAAGUUGGUGUCAAUUCUUACGUGACGGCGCACAAUGCAGAGAUCUUUGGCCCAGAACCCGAGAAAUUCAAACCAGAGCGCUGGUUAGAGGCGGACGCAGACAAGCGAGGCCGAUACAUCCUCCAGUUCGGCGCGGGCUCGCGUACUUGCAUGGGUAAAAAUAUCGCAUUGUCUGAGAUAUACAAGGUGAUCCCGGAAGUUCUGAGGUCGUAUAGGUUGGAGCUUGUGAAGACCGAAAUGGAGACGACGGGAUUCUGGUUCUUCAAGCCGAAGACAAUUUCCGUCCGAAUUUUCCGCAGGACGUAA